AUGACUUCCACUGCGAGUCAACAGAACAAUCCGGCGCCAAAUCCCUCCGCUCAGGUCACGUCGUAUGCUUCGGCCGCCGGUGCCAACAAGAAGCCUGCCUCGACCCCUGUGAUCGCAGCGGGAUCCCAGCAGCCACCCGUGGUCGUUGGAUCCUCUCAGCCUGCCCAGCAUGGACGGCCCUCGGCCUCGCCUGUGAACGGCCGCCCUGCCAUCACGCCCGCUGUUCCGACUGUCGCCGCUGCCCCGGCCGUCGUCCACGGCAGCAGCAACAUGAAUGGCAACGCUGUUGAUCACAGCCGUAAGCCUUCGGUCACUAUGAGUGGCAACGGCCCCAAUAGCUUCAUUGCUAACGGCGGUUCCGGCUCAGGCCCCAAGGGAAACAUGCCUCAGUUUGGCUUCGCUGGCGAUUCUCCAGCGGUGUCGCACAGCACACCGCACCAGACGGCCGCGCCCAUUGCUAUUCCCGGCAAUGCGCGUAUCCCGUCUCCUGCUCACUCACCGUCUCCGAUUCCCCAGCCGUCGGCAAGCGGUGGCAGACCCCCAUCCAUUCCGCAAGAUGGCCCUGCGAUGAAAUUCGGUAGCCUUGGUGGUGAUGGCGAGGUGAGUUGCAAUUUUCCCUGGUUCGCCUCUGAGCCUUUGAACCCUAGCCCAUUCCGACCAGCACCACACUUUGGUUCCCCAAAAACCUGCGCAAAACCUCUCCGAGCCUUGCAGCAAAAUUAUUUAAGGCCGUCUACUGACACUUUUGGACAACAGCGCCACAUGAAGCAUGCCCCAUCGAUGUCGCAGAACUCAUUCGUCCCGAACCAGCCUCACAUGCGACGUGAAUCCAACCACUCCAUCCACGGCGAAAUGGGCCACGCUGGACCCGGCUCCAAUAGGGGCGGCUACGGAGGCGGCCGCGGACGCGGUGGCUUCAACUCGAACCCAUCAUUCGCUGGUUAUCCUCCGAACGGGGGAUACAACCGUGGCCCAGCUGGUCAGGGCCGUGGCAUGCCCCCUCAGUUCCAGCCUGGAGCGCGCCCAUACCCGAACUCGCCUCAGCCAAACCGGGCGAGCCCUGCGAUGCCGCAUGCCGUUCCUAACCCUACGACGCCGCACAUGCACUACAACAUGCCCAACCCGGCCAACCAGUUCCAGUUCACUCCUCCUGGACCACAAUACAACCCAGUAAAUACCUCCCUCCCCUCAAAUGUUCAGUCUUUUAAGCACAACAAGAAGAAGGGUCCUCGGCGGGAUGUGGAGAAGCAAUCUCGUCAUCCGCGCCACUCGGACUCUUUACAGAACCAGCCAGAUACCCUCAGCAAUGGAAGGCCCCGACGCUAUAGUUCGCGUUGGGAGACGAACGAGGAGCUCAAAUCGGCAACAGGCGAUGCUCCUCUUCCCUCAGAGCCUCCCGGCGGUUUUGUCCCCCCUUCACAGCCUAUUAUUCAGAUCUCUCAGUUCUCCAAGCCCCUGGAUGAUCUGUCACCAGCUAGUGGCAAUUUUGAUCGGCUACUGACUGCAAGAAAACAGAACUACCCAUACGGCGGCUACCAACAGCCCGGCCAGCCUAUGAUGAACUAUAACGCUGGUUACCCUGGCCAGAUGUCUUACAUGACUAACCCAGCCCAGUCUCCUUCACCGGGCUACGUUGGACCUUACACCGGCCCGCAGCAAUUCACUCCUCAGCCCCCUGCUGCUCAGCAGAUGUCGCGUAACUCUUCGCAGGUAUCGGAGCGGCCCAAUUCGAGCACAGGACAGCCUCCUGUGCCCAUGAGCGGCCCAGCCCAGUUCCAGGGCAAGGCAUCGCCCGCCCCAGCCACGUCAGCCUUCGAGCGGCCGAAGAAGAAGAGCGCUGCCAUCCAGAUCAAGGCUCCUUCUGGUGCAGUCUUCGACCCUAACAGCCUGAAGGCACCGUCCUCCCCUGCGCCUGUUGUUCAGCCGGCAAAGACGCCUCCCGUUGUUGCAUCAGCUCCAACACCCCCACCUAAACCUGCCACUCCUGCACACACUCGGACUGAGAGCUCUUCUACCAAGACCGCCGAGCAGCUCCGCAUGGAGUUCAAGGAGCAAGUCCGAAAGCAGGCUGGCGGAGACACCAAGGUUUCGGAAGACGAAUCGGCCAAGCCAGCUGCCGAGGAGAUCAAGCAAGAUGUGGAGGUCAAGGAGGCAAAGACCGAAGAGCCUGCCCAGGUGCCUGAGAAGGUUGAGGCCAAGCCUGCCGAGGAGAAGAAAGUCGAGGCCAAGCCUACCGAGGAGGUCGAAGAGACCGAGGAUGAGCGCUUUGAGCGUGAGAUCCGGGAGAUGGAGGAGGCAGAGGCCGCGCGUGAGAAGGCAGAGGCUGAGUACAACGCCAAGAAGGCUGCCAAGGCUGAGGAAGCCAAGAAGGACGAGGAGAAGAACCGUGCAGCGAACGCGGCUGAGAACGACCGCAAGUUGCGGGAGCAAGAGCGCGAGAUGGAACGCCUCGAAGAGGAGCGCGAGCGGCAACGCAAGGAGAAUGAAGCCAAGGCUGCUGGUGGUGGCAAAGUCAUGUCUGUGGCCGAUGCUCUCCGCGAGAAGAUCUCCGACAUCACUGCCGAUAAGAAGGAGGCAGCUCCUUCUGCCGAUGCUGUCGCUGAUAAGCUUGCCGAUCUCAAGAUCGCUGGUGACAGCGCCGCCAAGCCUGCUGGUACCGAGAAGCAGCGCGCCAAGCCCGCCGCGUUGAACCUGAAGCCCAUCAACACUAGCACUGUUGAGCCGCCUCAGCCAAGUGCUGCACUCCAGUCUCUGAAGACUGCUCGCUUCCUCGACCACAAAGAGUAUCUCAACAUGGCGUACCCCGCUGGUAUCCAGUCUCCCAAUCCCGCACUCAAUUCGGCUGUAACCAAGAAGGGCAAGGCCUUCAAGUACGAUGCCGGCUUCCUGCUGCAAUUCCAGAAGGUCUUCACGGAGCAGCCGUCUCUUGAUUUCGUCCAGCAAGUCAAGACCCUUAUCGGUGACGAUCAACGCUCGGCCUCGGUGAGAACACCUGCUGGCUCUGGGAGACAGAACUCUAGAGGAGGCGUGUCUGGGUUCCCUGGAGGCAUUGGUAACUUCCAGCAGCCGCCCAAGCCUGUAGGCCCUGGUACGACGUCCGAGCAGCGCUUUGCUAAAUCCAAUGCCGUGUUGGGCCAGGGCCCUCCUGGUAUGGCUUUCGGUCGUCCCUUCCCAGGUGGAAACUCUAUGAGUGGCCGAACACCCUCUUCGAAUAUGGGCAACAUUCCCAACUCUCCUCGGACCGGGUCCAGGCGUCCUGGUAGCAAGCGAGAUAACUUCAAUGCCAAGGCAGAGGCCCAGGCUGCCAAGACCAUGCCUCUUACCCAGGGCAUGGAAAUCAAGCCUAUCGCCGUCUCAGCUACGGGCUGGAAGCCGACGAGCAUCGCAAACAAGGCUCCUCAGAGCGCCUCGGGCGCUACUCUGCUGGAUCCAGCCAUGGUCCAGCGCAAGGUCAAGGCUGCCUUGAACAAGAUGACUCCCGAGAAGUUCGACAAGAUCUCGGACCAGAUCCUCGAGAUUGCCAUGCAGUCCAAGGACGAGGAGGAUGGACGCACCCUGCGCCAAGUCAUCCAGCUUACCUUCGAGAAGGCAACCGACGAAGCUCAUUGGGCGUCUAUGUACGCCAAAUUCUGCAAGCGUAUGCUUGAGACCAUGAGCCCCGAUAUCCGCGACACUACCAUCAAGGACAAGAAUGGUAACGUCGUCAGCGGCGGUGCUCUCUUCAGGAAGUACCUUCUGAACCGUUGCCAGGAGGAGUUCGAGCGCGGAUGGAAGCCCGAGCCCAAGGAGGAGGAGGGCGCUGAAGGUGAAGAGAAGAAGGCCCAGGAGGCAGCUCUCCUGUCCGACGAGUACUACGAGGCUGCCGCUGCCAAGCGACGUGGUCUGGGUCUGGUCCAGUUCAUUGGUGAGCUCUACAAGCUCGGCAUGCUCACGGAGCGCAUCAUGCACGAGUGUGUUCGCAAACUGGUAGACUACCAGGGCACUCCCGAUGAAGCUGAGAUUGAGUCUCUGAGCAAGCUGCUCCGGACCAUUGGCGCUAGCCUUGAUGCUACGGACAAGGGCAAGCCCAUGAUGGACGCCUACUUCCAGAGAAUCCAGAACAUCAUCGAUCUUCCCAACCUUCCCAGCCGUCUCAAGUUCAUGCUCAUGGACGUUGUUGAUCUGCGUAGGGCCAACUGGAUCUCGAACGAGCAGAACAAGGGACCCAAGACGCUCGAUGAGGUUCGAGCUGAGGCUGAGGCUGCUGCCGCCGCAAAGGCUGCUGAGAGCAUUAGGAGCAAUCAGCGCGGUGGUCCUGGCGGUCGCCCCCAGGCUGGUCGUGGCGAUGCCCGCAACUUUUCUUACAACCAGCCUCAACCCAACCAAGUCGGUAUGGAUGAUUUGCGCCGUCUGAAAGGUUCUGCCAGCCGGACUGCUAGCUCCAACAUGACCCUUGGUCCUACCUCGAUGUUCUCAUCCCGGAGCAACAGCGGUCGGCGACUUGGCGGUCCUGGCGGUGCUCUAGGCCGUGCUGGAGAGGAGUCUGGUGCUUCAUCGCGAACCGGAACACCGCCCACGCGCGAGAGCCAGCCUGCGUCCCGUGCAAAUGCUUUUGAUAUCCUUGCCAACAUGGACGCAGACAACAACCCAGCUUCGCCUCCUUCAACCGCUGCGUCACCGGCGCUUUCCAAGGCCGUCCCUGACACUGCCGGCAACAAGAAGGAGAGUGACUGA